CCCGGCCACCCCGCCUGCCCACCCACUCUCCACCCGACUGCCGUCGAGGAAACAACCUGCAACUCUAACCAGCAUUCCCGUGUAUAUUCGUCGUCGUAUUUUCAACCCUGAAUACUCGAAAAACUACCAAGCCAUCAACUUGAGUCAACGACAACCCGGUAGAGUUUGGGAGCCAGGUCGAAAAGACACCGGAUACUCAGAAAAUUCUAUUCAACAUGGAGAGCGGUGCUAUUGGUAUUGGCAGGCUGGAUUGUUAUGAAGAUAUGUUUAAGGAAAUUACUCGGAAAUUAUACGGUGAUGAUCCUGAUCAUCGAACAUCUAGUGUACAGAAUGAAUUUGAAGCUUCAGUUUCAUAUAAAAAUGAUGAAGACAAUACCACUGAUGAUGAUGCCAAUUGGACAUGUGAAGAUGAACCACUUAAAGGGACUGAUGGAAGUAGGAUAGCUGCUUAUAAUGCUGCCAAAACAACUUGGAGAUGCUAUGAAUGUGGUGAUUGUAUGAGUGGUAGUCCACGUGAUGUAGCUGAGCAUUUCAUAGAACUUCAUUCAUCAAGGAUAAUUGUUGAAGAUUCAAGAACUAGGGAUCACUCGUCGAGAAAGGAUUACCUAAGUGAUCCAAAGCUUGAAGACAUUCUUGUGUAUUUAGAACGAGUAAGAGAGAAAGCUGAGAGAAUAGCACCGCCAUCAAGACGUACCCAAGAAACACAAACAAUUCCUGCUGCUUUAUUACCUGCCACUACGCCAUUUUUACUUCAAGAAUUACCAUCAACGCCACCACAGCACUUGCAUUCCAGUCCAACGAUGAUGGCAUCAUCAGCGACAACCUUGACCAGUAGUAAACGUUACACAUGUCCAUAUUGCCCUUACGGAACUGAUAGAAGGGAUCUAUACACCCGACAUGAGAAUAUCCAUCGAGAAGAAAAGCCUUUCCAUUGUUACGUAUGUUUCAAACCUUUUAAUCGUGCUGACCAUGUGAAGAAGCAUUUUUUACGAAUGCAUCGAGAACACACAUACGAAUUGUCUAGGAUACGUAGAACUCCAGGGUCUAAUAAUGACAUCAAGCCGUUAAUUCCUGAAACAAAUAAUACAUCAGUUAAUGGAAAUACACAAAUAAAUGGCAAUUAUACAACUAAUUUUAAUAAUAACAAGAGUUACCAAUUGCAAACCAGUCAAACAUCAGCUAACUCAACUCCGUCACUUUACCAAACGACUUCGAUGACUGUAGGGAAUAUUCAGGAUGCUAAUUGUGGUAAUAGAAGACUUCAAACAACAGGAUGCAAUAGUAAAAGUCAUUUAAAAGCUGGAUCAAAAGGAGCUUUAGAAAGACGAUAUACUUGUUGCUAUUGUUCUUGGAGUGGUGUUGAUAAUUGGUGUUUAAAACGCCACUUGAAUACACACCUAAAGCCUUUUGCAUGUGCUCUUUGUGAAUAUAAAGCAGCUCGAGCUGAAAGAUUAGCAACACAUGUGCUGAAGGUUCACAACAAACGUCAAUGUUCAAGAUGUUCAUUCUUAGGAGAAGACACAGCACAAUUACAAUUACAUCAAUUACAUGUUCAUCGAAUUAAUACUGGUAAUACUAACACUAGUGUCCCGACAACAUCGACAACUCAAGUGUCGUUGCAGAGUUCAGCAACACCAACCAAUACAACGAAUUCUACUGCUACAUGUAAUCGAGAUCAACCUCUUCAUCUUGGUGGAGUUGGACGUCCACCACCUGGUCCACCAGUAUUUCCAACAACAGCACCAACAAUAGCACCACCUCCUACCACAAUUCUUGGUCAAAUAUCAACAAAUGGACGAAGUAGAUCGCGAAAACAAAGUGAGCCACGUAAGAUAAUUAAGCAAUAUGAAUCAGAAGAGGAGGAAAAUAUGAAUGAAGAAUUGAAUAAAAAAUUUCAGGAGAAUAAGAAAGAUGAAAAAAUAACUAUAAAAAAUUCAAAUAACAAUAGCGUAAUACUUAACAAUAAUAAUGAUAAGAAGAAAAUAAAUAAAAGAUUAUUUCGAUGUUAUUUGUGUCCAAAACAUGCUGAUGCAAGAGCUUUCUUCCGUGAACCAUACCAUUCAAGGGCAUCAUUACUACUUCAUAUCCUUUGGCAUCAUCGACGAACUAAAAUUAAUCACCAAAAUAUACAACACCAUCACAGGAAACAACCAGAAACUAAAAAAAAAAAAAUAACUAAAUAAUUAUUGAUUAAUUCAUUAUAAAUAUUUAUAGAAAUAAUUUAAACAAAAUAAAUGUAUAAAUAUA